CGCCCGGAAGGUUGCGGGAUUCGUGCACAGUACUCCCAUUUUCCAAUCACCUCGAUCGUCGACGCAUCGACAGGAACAUGUCGCCCGCGACGAACACCCACCAGACACAGGAGCUCGCGGACGAGUGCUUCUUCAAUGGCUGUAUCAACCCGAUCGUGAUCGGCGACAAGUGCGAGUUCCACCGCCGCCGUGGCAAGUGUUUGGUCGACGAUUGCCGCAAUCAAGUGUACGCGCGCCACCUGUGCGUGCGCCACGGCGGCAAGCGGCUGUGCCAGUUUCCAGGAUGCAGCGCGAACGCGCGAAGCGGCACGCUGUGUUGUCGACACGGCCUCCGCAGUCGCAAGAAACAAUGCGCGAUCGACGGAUGCACCAAAGUGGCCCACGCCCGUCAACGCUGUGUGCGCCACGGCGGCGGUCGCAUGUGCAGAGUCGACGACUGCAACACCCAUGCGCGGAUUGGAGGGUACUGCUGCCGCCACUCGGCGCUGCAGUCGCCGCGAAAAGACGAACUAGCGCCGCAUUCGAUUGUCGUGGAAGGCGAUACGUGGGAUAUCUCGCCUCGUCCGUUUGAUGCAUGGGAAGGGUAUUGCAUCUUGGACCCAGCGCUCGGUUGCUUUUCCGAAAUGGACAACUUGCUCAAUGCCGACGAACUCCUCACAGACGUGCAGUGCGUUUUCGAGACAUAGCCGGCCAUGGACGUGCCAAUCCUUUGAUUUAUGCUGCUGUAAUCUAGUUUCACUUGUGCCUUUCUUGACGUUUGUCAUGGCGUUC